AUGGAGAGAGAGCGUCCGUUAUUAGCAUCGGAGGAGAGAGCUUACGAAGAAACCGAGAAAGUUCUCAUAGUCGGAGUCGACGAAGAUGACGACGCUAGCUACGACGAGCUCGGAAAUGCGCCUCCGUUCUCGUGGAAGAAGCUUUGGCUAUUCACCGGACCUGGGUUUCUGAUGAGCAUCGCCUUCCUCGAUCCCGGUAACCUCGAGAGCGAUCUCCAAGCCGGAGCCAUCGCUGGUUACUCUCUGAUUUGGCUGUUGAUGUGGGCGACGGCGAUCGGGCUUCUGAUUCAGCUUCUCUCUGCUCGUCUCGGCGUCGCCACCGGUCGACACCUGGCGGAGCUGUGUCGGGAAGAGUAUCCGACUUGGGCAAGGAUGGUGCUUUGGAUCAUGGCGGAGAUUGCGUUGAUCGGUGCCGAUAUCCAGGAAGUCAUCGGAAGUGCCAUAGCGAUCAAGAUCUUGUCUAAUGGAUUGAUCCCUCUCUGGGCUGGAGUUGUAAUCACUGCUCUCGAUUGUUUCAUAUUUCUAUUUCUGGAGAAUUACGGAAUAAGGAAACUAGAAGCUGUGUUUGCUAUUCUGAUUGCAACAAUGGCGGUUGCGUUUGCUUGGAUGUUUGGCCAGACGAAGCCUAGUGGAACCGAGCUUCUUGUUGGAGCGUUGGUACCAAAACUCAGCUCGAGGACUAUAAAACAAGCAGUUGGAAUCGUUGGAUGUAUCAUAAUGCCACACAAUGUGUUCUUGCACUCAGCGCUUGUGCAAUCGAGAGAAGUUGAUCCGAAGAAGAGAUUCCGAGUCAAAGAAGCUCUCAAGUACUACUCCAUUGAAUCAGCCGGAGCUCUCGCGGUUUCCUUCAUAAUCAACGUCUUUGUGACCACAGUCUUUGCCAAGUCCUUUUACGGGACAGACAUAGCGGAGACUAUCGGUCUUGCAAACGCGGGACAGUACUUACAGGACAAGUACGGCCGCGGAUAUUUCCCGAUACUCUACAUAUGGGCCAUCGGAGUUUUAGCUGCUGGUCAGAGUAGUACCAUUACAGGUACUUACGCAGGACAGUUUAUAAUGGGAGGGUUCUUGAAUCUCAAGAUGAAGAAAUGGGUUAGAGCGUUGAUCACGAGAAGCUUUGCGAUCGUCCCGACGAUGAUCGUUGCGCUUGUCUUUGAUUCCUCGGAUUCGUUGCUUGAUGAGCUGAACGAAUGGCUUAACGUGCUUCAGUCUGUUCAGAUACCUUUCGCUGUGAUUCCUCUGCUUUGCUUGGUCUCGAACGAGCAGAUCAUGGGGAGCUUCAAGAUCCAGCCUUUAGUGCAGACGAUCUCGUGGAUUGUAGCUGCUCUUGUGAUAGCUAUUAACGGGUAUCUGAUGGUGGAUUUCUUCUCUGGAGCUGCGACGAGUGUGGUGUUGCUCGUGCUUGUGAUCAUAUUUGCUGUUGCGUAUGUUCUGUUUGUGCUUUACCUUAUCUCGAGAGGCCUCACUUACACUCCUUGGCAACUAGUGGCUUCGGAGAAAGUAAGAGAGAGAGAUGUUGAUGAGUAA